GCUCUCCUUCGGCCGGGCAAGGAAGCGGACGGAGGCAGGGAUUUCCUCGCCUGGGGAAAGGGGGGCGGUGCUGCUGCGUCGCUGCUCUGCUCUCCUGGCUCCGACCUGCUGCAGCAAGUGGAUGGCAGCCCGGGCAACAAAAGGAGCGGCGCCGCCUCCGGUCUCUCGUCCCCCCGGGCACCGGGUCAGUCGAUGCAAGGGCGAGUUGUUCCCCGCUCCUCCUCCUGCUCUGUUUAGUUUGACAUCUGAAAGCUGGGCGAUUUGAGUCCAAGCGCCAUGUCAACUGGGAGGGUCCGAACAAAGAAAAAAACACCUCCUGUUGACCAUUCUCCCGAUCAUCUUCCUCUGAGAAGUUCAGGGAGACAGGUGAGGAGGAAAGCUGCAGAGGCAGCCGAGGAUGAUGAAGAUACCUCAGAGAAGAAGUACAGAAAAUGUGAAAAGGCAGGAUGUACAGCAACAUGUCCCGUUUGCUUUGCCAGUGCUGCUGAAAGGUGUGCUAAAAAUGGCUACACAUCAAGAUGGUAUCACCUCUCCUGUGGGGAACAUUUCUGUAAUGAAUGUUUUGAUCAUUACUACCGAAGUCAUAAAGAUGGCUACGAAAAAUACACUGCCUGGAAAAGGAUUUGGACCAGUAAUGGAAAAAGUGAACCCAGCCCGAAGGCUUUUAUGGCUGAUCAACAGCUCCCUUACUGGGUUCAGUGUACAAAGCCAGUGUGUGGAAAAUGGCGUCAGCUGACAAAGGAAAUCCAGCUUACCUGGCAAAUAGCCAAAACAUACCGCUGUGGCAUGAAACUGAACAAUUCCACCAAGGUGGAAGGCCCUGACCAUUGCUCCAUGCCUGAAGAUCUGAGAGUUGCUGAAGUUUCAGAUCACUGGUGGUAUUCCAUGCUCAUCCUUCCACCUCUGCUGAAGGACAGUGUGGCUGCUCCUUUGCUGUCUGCAUACUACCCAGACUGUGUGGGCAUGAGCCCCUCUUGUACCAGUACUCACCGGUUGGUUGGUGAAUCCAAUGCAAUAAAAAUGGAGCACUUAAAGACUCCACCUACUAUAGCUGGGAUGAACAAGUACUUCCAGCCUUUCUACCAGCCCAACGAAUGUGGUAAAGCACUGUGUGUGAGACCAGAUGUAAUGGAACUAGAUGAACUCUAUGAGUUUCCAGAAUAUUCACGAGACCCCACCAUGUAUCUAGCUCUGAGGAACCUCAUUUUGGCUCUGUGGUACACAAACUGCAAAGAAGCCCUAACCCCUCAGAAAUGUACGCAUCACAUCAUUGUUCGAGGCCUUGUGCGCAUUCGCUGUGUGCGGGAGACGGAGCGAAUACUUCAUUUUAUGACCAGGAAAGGUCUGAUUAACACAGGGGUCUUGUCAGUUAAUCCUGACCAACCUCUUCUGCCCAAAGACUACCAUAAUAAAUCUGUCAUUGUGGUUGGGGCUGGUCCUGCUGGAUUAGCAGCUGCAAGGCAGCUUCAGAACUUUGGAAUCAAGGUUCUUGUGCUAGAAGCGAAGGACAGAAUUGGGGGCCGCGUGUGGGACGAUAAGACUUUCAAAGGGAUCACUGUGGGAAAAGGGCCACAGAUAGUGAAUGGCUGUGUCAACAAUCCAGUAGCGCUAAUGUGUGAGCAACUGGGCAUUAAAAUGCAUAAAAUUGGAGAGAAGUGUGAUCUGAUCCAGGAAGGUGGAAGAAUAACUGACCCUACUAUAGACAAGCGCAUGGACUUCCAUUUCAAUUCUAUCCUUGAUGUUGUAGCAGACUGGAGAAAAGACAAAAAUCAGCAUCAGGAUAUUCCUCUUGGAGAUAAAAUCCAGGAGAUCUAUAAAGUUUUUAUUCAGGAAUCUGGUAUUCAGUUCAGUGAUCUCGAGGAAAAAGUCCUUCAGUUCCAUGUCAGUAACCUUGAAUACGCCUGUGGCAGCAACCUCCAUGAGGUUUCUGCACGCUCCUGGGACCACAAUGAAUUUUUUGCUCAGUUUGCUGGAGAUCACGCGCUCUUAAACUCGGGAUACUCAACAAUAAUUGAAAAAAUGGCUGAAGGCCUGGACAUUCGGUUAAAGGUUCCAGUUCGCAGUAUAGACUAUACGGGGGAAGAAGUCCAAGUGACUGCAACCGAUGGAACUCUCUGGAAAGCACAAAAGGUUUUAGUUGCUGUACCUCUGACUAUUCUUCAAAAAGGCGCCAUUCUGUUUAACCCAGCCUUGUCAGAGAGAAAAAUGAAAGCUAUCAAUAGUUUGGGAGCUGGAGUCAUUGAGAAGAUUGCACUACAGUUUCCAUAUAGAUUCUGGGACAGCAAGAUUCAAGGAGCUGAUUACUUUGGCCAUGUUCCACCUAGUUCCAGCAAACGUGGACUCUUCAGUGUUUUCUAUGACAUGGAUCCACAGCGUAAAUGCAGUGUUCUAAUGUCUGUUGUUACGGGUGAUGCUGUGGCAACUAUGAAGAACUUAGAUGACAAGCAAGUGCUGCAACAAUGCAUGAUUGUGCUCCGCGAGCUGUUUAAGGAACAGGAAGUGCCAGACCCAGUCAAGUACUUUGUUACACGAUGGAACAAAGAUCCUUGGAUCCAAAUGGCAUAUAGUUUUGUGAAGACAGGGGGCAGUGGUGAAGCUUAUGACAUCCUAGCAGAAGACAUCCAAGGAAAAAUAUUUUUUGCUGGAGAGGCCACAAACAGACAUUUUCCGCAGACAGUUACUGGAGCUUACUUGAGCGGUGUUCGAGAAGCAAGCAAAAUAGCAGCAUCUUGAAUACUACACUACUGUUUACAGAUUUUCUUUUAACAACUUCCUCAAAUUCAAAAUUCAAGUUUCAGGGUUACUAUUAUUGCUCAAGUGGUGCUUAAUUCUUUGGUACCUAGAGACAAUCCUUUUUUCUUCCACUUUUUUCAUCUUUUCCAUGAUGUUGAUGUUUUAUCAGCACAGCAUGCUAAAGGAACUGUUAUUUAAAAACACUACCAGCAGAUAUUCAAGCUCAUUAACCUCUGAACUUCAUUUUUGUGACCUAUUUGAGAUAGAUGAUUUAUAUUGUCAAAGGGUGAAAUGUCAAAGGGUAAACAUGUGCUGCAAGGACUGUUAAAUAACCCACGUUUUCAGAUAGUGGGUCAACAAGAUGGCAGGUGACUCCAAUCAUGUUUUGAAAAAUGUAUUCUUUUUAAACUAAAUUGUUGGAAGUGUUCACAAACAAUCAUUGGGCUUGCUGGUGAUUUUUUUUUUAAUGAAAGAAGAUAUAUAAAACCAACCCUAACCAUUAAUUACCCAGAGGAAAUGUCACAAAAGCAUCUCUUAAUGUGUAUACUAGGAUGAGGGCUUAGUAUUUGCUGAUCAUGUAGAUGGACCAGAAAAAAAUGUUCGUUUUGUGGCCAUUUCCUUUUUGUGUGCAGUGAAAUUUCUAAAUCAUAGCAGCUGUAUAGGUGCAGUCAUUUAUAUAAUUGUGAAAGCAUGUUGAAGGUCAGGUAGUUGAGCGAACCAUUCAAUUUUCUUGCUUAGAAAUGAGGUCAAAUGAUUACUUUUUAUGAAGGGUUAAAAUUAUGUAGCCUCAUUUUAAUGGGAAAGAUUAAAGUAGACUCUGAAAUCAGUGAGACUUGAAAAUGCUUAAUGAGGCUGGGUUGUACCCAUAGUUGUGAAAAAGAUGAUUUAACUAAAUAAUUCAGUUUUAAGUAGUUGAAGAUACUAAUGUAUACACAUAGUUCAUUCAUCAGCUAACUUUUGCUUUUCAUUAUCAAAAAAUAAGAGUGAGAAUUUCAAUAUGGAAGCAUGGGCAGUUUUACUUUCUAAAGAAAGCCUCAGAAGAUGUGUGAUUACUACCCCUGUGUGUUUUGCUAUAAUGAUGAUAUAUGGCCCUGAAUAUCUUACUUUGUAACAUCAUAUUGAGAAAGAUUUAAAAGUUAUGCUGUUAGGAAAUCAUCAAGCUUUUCUUUAUAGUUGAACUGCUAUUAUUUCACUAAGCUGCUUAAUAGGAAGUAUAACUCUCUGAGAGCUUAUAGUAAGAAAUGUAAAGUAUGAAAAUGGAAUGCUGAUUUCCCCCCAUCAUUUACUCUUCUUUUCAAACACUGAAAACGUGAAUACCUAGCUAAAAUAAGCCAAUUGGCCUUAGCUAGAUGCACCAACAAAAUUAGUUUUAGAUGUUGUCUGAAGUGCAAUUUUUAUUUAAAAAUGGAAACUUGUGCUUGGGAAUAGUUGAAGGCGUGAGUUUGAGCAGAGAUAUUAGUCAUGACUGUAAGGAUUUUGUAGUAAUCAGCAUUAAGACAAGAUGAAGAGUCAUACUGUAAAUGUGAAACCAUUUACUGUAUAAAUACCUGUAAAUUAUUACAUUACAGAAGUGUUUAAACAGCAGGACCUGUUGCCCAUAAAAAGAAAAAGCUUAGUUAAGAUAUGGAAACUACUUUUUUUUACAUUUAUUUAAAAAUGUCAGAGUUGGUGGGUUCACUUUGAACAAUUGAUCCCAAAGAAUUAAAAAAUAAUCAUGUGAAGCUUAUUUUUUAAGCAUGGUCAUUUUCUAUUGUGUAUAUACAACUUAUGCCUUGUACAUCUAGGGGGAAAAAUCUCCUUGCUGUGGAGCAUGAUGUUCAAAGUGACUUAUUGGUAAUGUAAUAAACUGGAAAAUGCUAAGUCA